UUAUUGUCCUCUCUGCCCAGCGCGGGACUCUUUUGAGCAUAUCUGGAUCGACACUUUUACGGCCAAUUUUUUUAAAAGCCAUAGCUAGCAGACGCUCUGUGAACAGUCACGCUGCCUUGUCCCGUUGCGUGCACACCGUUGCAUAAAACAGAAUGGUUUGAUCGCAAUAUUGUCCCCUACCUCGCGAUCCAAAUUGGCUGGGGGUGAAUUCCAAGAGCAUAAUCUGAAGCUUCUUAGAUACUCCACCGGGAUGCGGACAAAGACAGGCAUUGCGCGUGCCGCAGAUGCGUCCAAACCUCGGAGAUGAAGACCUCGGGGAGGGAGGAGAUUAAGGUGAGGUCGCUGACAACAGACUAACAGAGGAUCGAUCGGUGCUGCAAGAGACAAAGAUCGGCACAUCGGAAGGAAGCGGCAAGCACGCACUUACUUGGUUUGGUUGGCUGGUUGAUCUUUGGGAAGGAGGAUAGGGAUAGCAAUGUUCCAGCAACAGCUGCUGCAGCAGCAGCAGGAGGACGUGAUGUCGUCGUCGGCGACAUCGUCUCCGGCGUCGACGCUGUACUCGCCGUGUCCGCCGGGGGCGGGGGCGUCGUGGGUGCAGGAGCUGAGCUCGGACCAGUGCAGCGUGCGGCUGAUCGGGCUGCUGUACCAGUGCGCGGCGGAGGUGGCCGCCGGCGCGCUGGACAGGGCCAACCUGUGCCUGGAGCACAUCAUGCAGCUGGCGUCCCUGGACGCGCCCCACGCGCUGCAGCGGCUCGCCGCCGUCUUCGCCGACGCGCUCGCCCGCAAGCUGCUCAACCUCGUGCCGGGCCUCUCGCGGGCGCUCCUGACUUCUUCAUCGUCGUCUUCGUCUCCGUCUCCGGCGGGAACGUCGUCGGGCGACGCGGCCCGGCGCCACAUGUUCGACAUGCUGCCGUUCCUGAAGCUGGCGUACCUGACCACCAACCACGCCAUCCUGGAGGCCAUGGAAGGGGAGCGGUUCGUGCACGUCGUCGACCUCUCCGGGCCCGCCGCCAACCCUGCGCAGUGGAUCGCGCUCUUCCACGCGUUCCGCGGCCGGUCGCGCGACGGCCAGGGGGUGUUCCCACACCUCCGGGUGACGGCGGUGCACGAGAGCAAGGAGUUCCUGGGCGCCAUGGCCGCGUCGCUGGCCCGGGAGGCCGAGGCGUUCGACAUCCCGUUCCAGUUCGCGGGGGUGGAGUCCCGGCUCGAGGACCUCGACUCCGCCGCGCUCCGCCACUGCCUCCGCGUCCGCUCCGGCGAGGCGCUCGCCGUCAGCGUCGCGCUGCAGCUCCACCGCCUCCUCGCCGCCGACGACGACGGCCGCUGCAGGCGGCACCCGGGCGGCGGCCUCACCCCGCUCCAGAGCAUCUUGGCUGCUCGAUCCAGCCCGAGGAGCCCGAGCAGCGGCGGGAGCAGCAGCUUCGGGGAGCUCCUGGAGCGGGAGCUCAACACCAGGCUCCAGCUCAGCCCCGACGCCUCCUCCUACAACUCCCCGCAGUACUCCUCCCCGACGAUGUCCGCCUUCUCCUCCUCCGGCUCCGGGAAGCCGAAACUGGAAUCCUUCCUGUCAGCAAUCAAGGCGCUAUCCCCAAAAGUCAUGGUGAUCACGGAGCAGGAAGCCAACCACAACGGGGCCGCGUUCCACGAGCGGUUCGACGAGGCGCUCAACUACUACGCGUCGCUGUUCGACUGCCUGGAGCGGGCGUCGUCGGGGCAGGGGCAGCACCGGAGCAAUAGCGCGGCGGAGCGGGCGCGGGUGGUGGAGCGGGCGGUGCUGGGGGAGGAGAUCCGGAGCAUCGUGGCGAGCGAGGGGCGGGAGCGGAAGGAGCGGCACGAGCGGGCGGCGCAGUGGGCGGGGCGGAUGGAGGCGUCCGGGAUGGAGCGGGUCGGGCUCAGCUACGGCGGCGCCAUGGAGGCCAGGAAGCUGCUGCAGAGCUGCGGGCUGGGCGGCGGCGGGUACCAGGUGAGGCAUGAUGUGCAGGAGCAGCGGUUCUUCUUCUGCUGGCACGACAGGCCGCUCUACGCCGUCUCCGCCUGGCGGCCCGCCGGUGCCGGGCCUGCCUCGGCCUACCACCACCGGGGGCCCAGAUGAUGAACCCGGGCUCCGUGAAUUCGAAUUCAUCGUGUGAUCGAUCGGUGUGACCCGCGCUAGCUUGUUGCGCUUCUGCAUGUUUUGUGCCGUAAAUACCUUCUGGUCUGGUCAAAGGUGUGUUUGAUGAAUGAGCGUUGGAUUGGAUUUGGAGUAAACAGGUUUACGCUAUCGACUGGAUUUUUUUUUUCG